UGAUGUUAUUUCUUUUUGCAGGUUUGGAAACGAUUUACUCAAUUUGAAGAAACCUAUGGAAAUCUUGCUAGCAUGUUGAAGGUUGAGCAAAGACGUAAAGAAGCUCUUUCUAGAACAGGUGAAGAUGGCACAACAACAUUAGAAAGUUCAUUGCAAGAUGUGGUAUCACGGUAUAGUUUUAUGGAUCUUUGGCCAUGCUCCUCAAGGGAUUUGGAUCACUUGGCCCGACAAGAGUGGCUUGCAAAAAAUAUUAAUAAGAAGGUUGAGAAAUCAGCUAUUCUCAAAGGAGUAGGUUCCACAGAAAAGAGUGCCUCAGGUUUUACAACCAACUCCAAUCCAGCUACAAAGGUCUUCUAUCCAGAUACUUCUCAGAUGGUGGUCUACGACCCAAGGCAAAAGCCUAGUAUGCAACUUUAG